AAUGGUACUAUUGAUGAGAACAAUUGGACACUAUUCUUUGUUUACUUAACGUGACCUGUGUGUGCAUACAUUUCUAUUAAUGCACACAAGUAAAUCUUUCGUUAAGGUUGUAACAGUCGAUAAAGAGGAACUCGGAAAGGAAGUGAAGAAAAAUUUGCGACAAAUAAUACAAGUAGCGCCGAUAGAUAUUGAAAUGGCAGCAGAGAUAAAGCCCGCACCGGGAGUAAAUCACGAUAAAUUCAGCACAAGCCGAAAACCUAUACUUUUAUCAAAAUUAGAAGGAUGCAAUGAUGAUGUUAAUGCGGCUAUUAUUAUACCGCGGGAAGAUGGUGUAAUUAGUGUUUGCGAUGACAGGUCUGUUAGAGUUUGGUUGAAACGGGAUUCUGGCCAAUAUUGGCCAAGUGUCUGUCAAUAUAUGUCUGCUGGUGCAACUUCAAUGCAUUUUUGCCCAGAGACUAAACAGUUAUUUGUUGGUCUGGAAAAUGGAAUUAUAAAUGAAUUCAUAUUAAAGCAUGACUAUAAUAUAAUGAUUGCUAUGCGUGAAUAUACUGCGCACCAAGCAAGGGUUACUGGUAUUAUAUUUGCCCCAAAUUGCGAAUGGAUUUUAAGCAUAGGUCGAGACAAAAUGUUUCAGUUACAUUGUUCAGAAACAGGACAAAAGUUAGGAUCAUAUCAAACAGAUGCAUGGUACACUGCUUUGCAAUUUGAUGCACAAUCGAAACAUGCUUUCGUUGGUGAUUAUUCUGGACAAAUAGCCAUGUUGAAAUUAGAUACUAACGGUGUCACAUUAAUUACUACAUUAAAAGCACAUACAGGAAGCAUUCAUACAUUAGCAUGGGAUUCAGAGAAGCAACUUUUAUUUUCUGGAAGUUUUGAUCAAAGUAUUGUAGUAUGGGAUAUUGGUGGCCGGCAGGGAACAGCAUAUGAACUACAAGGACAUCACAACAAAGUAACUGCACUAUGUUAUGCAAGUGCAGAACGCGUAUUAUUAUCUGGAGGAGAAGAUGGUGUAAUAGUGUGUUGGGAUAUGGCUGCAUAUAGAAAAGAGACUGCAACAUGGGUAGAAUCUGAUACAUGCCAAGCUUGUGGAAGACCAUUUUUUUGGAAUAUUAAAGUUAUGAUGGAUCAACGACAAUUAGGUUUGAGGCAACACCAUUGCCGUCAUUGUGGUCGUGCAUUAUGUGCACGAUGUACGUCGAAACGAAUACCAAUACCAGCAAUGGGUUUUGAAUUUGAAGUUAGAGUGUGUGAUCAAUGUCAUAUUCAACUUAAAGCUGCAAACCAAACAUCUUUAGCGUCGUUCCACGACGCAAAGCAUAAUGUUGUUGGAAUGGAUCUUGAUGCUCCUAGACGAAGAUUACUAACUAUUGGUCAAGAUCGUCUUAUUAAGAUUUGGGAUAUUUCUGCACUUCUUCAGUGAACUUCCAAAUAUGUUUAUUUACAAAUAACGAAACUAAUCAAAUCGUAAGGUAUAAGAGAAAAAUACUGUCAUAUUUCGAUGUAAAAGUAUAAUGUCCAGAGCCUAUUUUUACGAUCAUGAAAUCAUUUCGAAAUCCGUUUAUUUGAUCACAAUCAACUAGGUUUUUAUAUAUUACGAUUUGCUUCUUGUAUAAGGAAAUUUUGAAUUAAAGUAUUCUACAACACUGGUAUAGGAUACUUACAAAAGUAAAAAAAGAAACAACACAUACAUACACAAGCGCGCGCGCGCGCGCACACACACACACA